ACACAUUCGUAGGAUGACUUCUCUCUUCUUUCCCUUCCUCACUUCUCAUCCACCCAAUCGAUCCAUCAUCUUCUCCUCUUCUCUCCUCUCUCUCUCUCUCUCUAGUUUCUCUCUCUACUCACCAAUAGGCUCCUUUUGCCCUCCCUCUCUCUCUCUCUCUCUCUCGAGCAAGGGCGGUGGAUGGCCAGGAUCAACAAGUAUGCCUCCAUUAAUUUCAACGAAGUCUAUGGAAACAAGAACCCCGCACCCAACUCUGUUUCCUCUCCUGCAACUUCUCGCCCCGCCUCUCAUGGAGGAAUGCUCGUCUUAACCCGCCCCUCCAAACCCCAACCUCCCCAACCCAAAAAACUCAACCCACAACCCCCAUCAUCGAACCCACUCGAGCCCACUGCGCAAGCCACCGACCCCCCCAAAACCAAGCCCACUAUCCCACCCAUCCAACCAUAUAAGCCAGAACCCGCCGUCCAGUCCAUCGAGCCCUCUAAGCCUGAACCCACCAUCUCAGACUCUAUCUCUCUGAGGCCCUUGGGGCGCAGCAACAAAUACACGCCCCCUUCUUCGAAUUCCUCGGCAAAAGCAGAAGAUCACAGCACAGAGACCGUCUCAGAGAAAGGGAGCGACAUCUUAUCAAGAGAAAUAGAGAGAGGGAGUCUUGAUUUAUCAGGGCACAAAGAGAGAGAGAAUCGAGAUUCAUUGAAGGAGAGAGCGAAAGGGAAUCAAAUCCCAAAACCGGAACCAUUUCGACCGCCCCAUCUACGUCCAGGCUACGUUUCAUCAAACGAAGAACCUUUUGUAAAUGAGGUCCAUGGCAAUGGCCACAGGUUCAGAGAUUUCAGGGACUUUGGGAGAAACAACGCGUUAGGGCAGGGGCAAUUCGGGGAUAAUUAUGGCAGGGUGCGCGACGUCCGUUACUCUCCAAAUUCAAUGGAUGAGAUGGGAGGACAUACUGGUAAUAAUGGAGAAGAAAGGAGGCCAAAAUCGGGAGGAUGGGACGAGAGGAUGCGACCGAGUUCGGGUGGCGGCAGAUCGAGUCCCGGUGGACCACGGCCUAGUUCCGGCGGGUUCAGGCAGGGUUUUGGCGGUCGGGUCGCGGGGAAUUCAGAUCCGCCCACGGGAAAACCCCAGUUUUAUGGCUCUUACAGAUCAGAGACACAGAGGUGGGCCGCUGAGUGAGAAAGGGGUAAUAGCUCGAAAUCAUGAUCCGAUGAUGUUUGUUUCUUUGGAAUCUCCAUAUGUUAUAGAACUGCAUAUUCCGAACAAGUCUCUAUAUUCAUCUUCUGAUUCUUGCUCUUUCUUUAUGCAUAUUUAUUUAUUAAUGUGUUUAUUUUUCGAUGACUCGAACUAGGGUUUGGUUUAUGUUGUAAUACUGGGUUUGGAGCUAAUUUGUAAGUUUCUCUUUGAUCA